UUGUUUUUUGCACAAAAGCGGGCAUUUCGAGGCUGUAAAAAUCGAAAAAAAAAGGCCUAAGCCCGACACGUCACCAGACCGCAAGCCCAAAAUUCCCUAUGCAGCUGUCAAACUCUUCAAGUCCUUUUCUGUGAGAAAUUGGACGAGCAAUGGCUGCAGGAACACUGUACACCUAUCCCGACAAUUUCCGUGCUGCUAAGGCUUUAAUCGCUGCCCAGUACUCCAAAAGCAAUGUUAAAGUAAGCCCAAACUUUGUGUUCGGUGAAACCAACAAGUCGAAAGAAUUCUUAAAGAAAUUUCCCAGUGGAAAGGUGCCAGCUUUCGAGUCAAACGAUGGCAAGUAUCUGCAAGACAGCAACGCAAUUGCUUACUACGUCGCCAAUGAACAAUUGAGAGGCAAGUCGGAGUACGAGAAAGCCCAGAUUUUGCAAUGGGUGGGCUUUGGAGAGUCGGAGAUACUCCCAGCUGGCUGUGCCUGGGUGUUCCCCAUUUUGGGGGUUGUCAAGAAGAACGCCGCCACUGAGGAGGGAUAUGCAAGAGCCAAGGAGGACAUGAGGGCUGCUCUGGCAAUCCUAGACAGCCAUUUGCUUACCCGUACUUAUCUAGUUGGGGAACGUAUCACUUUAGCUGAUAUUGUUGUAGCUUGCAAUCUUUCAAAUUUAUACAAAUAUGCGUUCGAUCCCGACUUUAGAAAACCAUUCGUCAACGUUAACAGAUGGUUCACAACUUUAAUCAACCAACCUCAGUUUAAGGCCGUUUUGGGCCAGGUGCAAUUUUUGGACAAAGUUGCACAACCUUUCACCGGCGCGCAGGGAGGUGAAGCUGCUAAUACUAACAGUAUUGUUGCGGAGAAAAAUAAUAAAAAGAAGAGUAAGAACAAAAAGAAAGAGGAGAAAAAAGAGAAGAAGCAGCAGCAGCAGCCUAAAAAGGAAACACCAAAAAAGGAGAAAGAGCCCGUUGAAGAAAUGGAUGCGGCUGAAGCAGCGCUCGCUGCCGAGCCCAAAUCGAAGGACCCCUUUGAAUCCAUGCCCAAAGGGACGUUCAAUAUGGACGAUUUCAAGAGAUUUUAUUCUAACGAAGAUGAAGCCAAAUCAAUUCCGUAUUUCUGGGAGAAGUUCGAUCCUGAAAACUACACUAUUUGGUACGGGGAAUAUAAGUACCCUGAAGAGCUCACUAAGAUUUUUAUGAGCUGCAAUUUGAUCACCGGAAUGUAUCAGAGAUUGGAUAAAAUGCGCAAACAAGCCUUUGCCUCAGUUUGUCUUUUUGGUGAGGACAAUAACAGUUCAAUCUCCGGGAUUUGGGUGUGGAGGGGCCACGACCUCGCAUUCACUUUGAGUCCUGACUGGCAAAUCGACUACGAGUCGUAUGAUUGGAAGAAAUUGGAUGCAAAAUCAGAAGAGACUAAAAAAUUAGUUGCCCAAUACUUCUCAUGGACUGGCACUGACAAAAAGGGAAGGAAGUUUAACCAGGGCAAAAUCUUUAAGUAAAACCUGAGGUGUAAUAUAUUUUUUUUACAACCAUGUCCUUUUGAUAAUUUAAUUUAAAUCCAUCGUUUGUCAGUUGUUUAACCCUAACUGUUUUUCUUUCAAUAAAACGCUUUGAGGAUAA